UUUCAAAAAAACAGAAAAAGAAAAAGAGGCACUAUUUAUAAAGCACAUACAGCUCAUUCUAUAACACUAACCACUCCGCCCUGUCCCUUGCGUUUUCCAGAUCUGCUUCUUCCACAGCCACCUAUAGAGACUAGAAUUUACUUGUCAGAAAGCAGUUGAACAGCAUGGGACGUGGAAAUAGCAGUGGUGGUGGUCAAAGUUCAUUGGGUUAUCUUUUUGGCAGUGGAGAGGCCCCAAAACCAGCAACAACUAAUGCACAACCUGAAGGGCAGACUGUAAACAAUGCACCCCCUCCAAAACCAGCUGCUCCUAAUGCAAUAGACCCAAGCAAGCCUGCUGGUAUCAACAGUAAUUCUAUUGAUGGCCUGAACACUGGCAACUUCAUCACGGACCGACCCUCAACCAAGGUUCAUGCUGCCCCUGGUGGCGGCUCUUCUUUGGGUUAUCUCUUUGGUGGGCCUGGGGAUGGAAAAUGAUACCUCUUUUGCAAAAUCUUUCGCCUGAUAAUGAAGUUGUGCGAACAAAAUGAAUGAUGUAUUAUAGGUUAUGGUUGUUGGGAUAAAUUGUUCGAGAAUGUUAUAUUUUAGAUGUGCUUAACAUCUAUUAUAGACUUGUGUUUGUCAAACAAAUUUCUAUUUUCAAGUGCACAUUUGCUUCUUGUUCUGUAUUUUA